AUGGCCGAUCAAACAUUAUUAGCAAAAGCUCGUAAAGCUAGAUUUGAUGAUUUACCAAAUUUCUCUGGAAAUCCUGCUGAAGAUGUCGAACGUUUCUUGAAAAGUAUUAAAAAUUUAACGAAAGCUACCGAUGAAUCAAAUAAUCAUGAAAUUUUGGAAAUCGUUCGUGGUAAAUUGACUCGAUCCGCUGGUAAAUGGUUCGAUGAUAAUGAAUCUGAUUUUAACACAUGGAUAGAUUUCGAAACUGCAUUUCGAAAUCGAUAUUUUUCUACAACAUUAACUCAUAAGAAAUUUGACGCAUUAAAACAACGUAAACAAUUACCUGAUGAAUCAAUUACAUUUUAUUUCGAUGAUAUUGUUAAUUUAUGUCGAGAAACUGAUUUAAAUAUGUCAGAACAAAUUAUAAUUCAAUAUUUGAUGAGUGGAAUUAAUCCUGAUUUUAAAAAGGAACUUUCUCGACGUGAAUCACCCAUCACUACAUUAAAAGAAUUUUUAAAAUAUCCAAAGAUCGAACAAGAUUUAUAUGACACUUUUGAAAAAUCUCGACACUUAUCAUUAAAUGAAUCUCAACAACCUUAUUUUGAUAAUAAUCAUUCAUCAAUUCCUUCAUCAACCGCAAUGAUUAAUAAAUCCAAUCAACAUCAAUAUUAUCGGAAACAAAAUGAUCGUCGUUCAUAUCCUGUAUCAAUACAACAAUCCGCUUCAUGA